AUGGUUGUGCUCGCUGCGUCCAUCUGCACCCGUGGCGGCAAGGCCGUCCUUGCACGGGCUUUCCACGACAUCAAGCGGUCGCGCGUCGAGGCGUUGUUGGCAUCGUUCCCCAAGGCGGCGAACUCGGGGACGCAGCACACGACAGUCGAGCAGGACAACGUUCGCUUCGUCUACCAGCCGCUCGACGAGCUGUACAUGGUGCUCAUUACCAACAAGCAAUCGAACAUUCUGCAGGACAUAGACACCCUGCACCUGUUCGCCCAGGUUGUCACGAACACAUGCCGGACGCUGGAGGAGCGGGAGAUCCUACGUAACGCCUACGAGCUAAUCAGUGCCUUCGACGAGAUCAUCAACCUCGGGUAUCGGGAGAACCUGACUAUCAACCAGAUCAAAACCUUCUUGGAGAUGGAGAGUCAUGAGGAGCGGAUCCAGGAGAUCAUCGCUCGGAACAAGGAACUGGAGGCCACCGAAGAGCGCAAGAGGAAAGCCAAGCAGCUCGAGAUGCAGCGCAAGGAGGCCAGCCGUCUUGGGAGGACCGGAGGCAUGGGCGGCGGCCGGCCGCCGGUCUAUCCAUCUUACACUCCUCCUGUGCGCCCUACUGUUACCGAGACGUAUGAUACAUACGAAGCAGAAAAGAAUAAGUCGAAGUUUAAUGCUCCCAAGACCAAGGGCAUGCAGCUUGGCAAGAAGUCCAAGACCACGGAUAUGUUUGAACGUGUGAAGAGCGAGCUGGGUCCUGUAGAGGAUACCCCUCUGGUCUCGGCAACCUCUGCUUCUGCUCCAGAACCGGCGCCGCGGGCGUCGACAUCAGUAGACAGAGAUGCCAUUCACGUCACGAUCAACGAAGCCAUCACAGCAAAGAUCUCACGGGAUGGCGCAGUCAAUUCAUUCGUAGUCAGCGGCGACCUGGCGUUGCGGGUGUCGGAUGCUUCCCUGACAAAGCUCCGUCUGAAUCUAACAGCGCAGCCCACACACGGCGCCCAGUUCCGGACUCACCCUAACGUGGAUAAGAAUGCCUUCAACACUGGGCGGGCGAUUCAGAUGGCCAAUCAAGCGCGCGGGUUCCCAGUCAACAAUGCAGUCGGCGUACUGCGAUGGCGGGCGGCGCCCAGGGCGGAAGACGCGGCGAGCCUGUUGCCCAUCACGUUCACUGUGUGGGUCAACAAGGGAUCGGAGGGCAACUGCACGGUGACGGUAGAGUACGAACUGACGGGCGGCGAUGCGCUCAAAAAUGUCAGCGUGGUGAUCCCGUUCAGCAAUGCCGAGCCAUCGGUGUCGUCGUUUGAUGCCGUGUAUGAGAUGUCGGGCAACAGCCUGGAAUGGUCGAUUGGCUCGGUCAGUGAGGACAACCCGAGCGGUGCCUUUGAGUUUGAGGCGCCGACGAGCGAUGAGAAUGAAUUCUUCCCGAUGCAGGUGCGCUUCGCGAAGACAACGCCGUUCGUGGAGGUUGAUGUCGUCUCGGCUGAGCUCGUCGAGCUGAACGAGGAGGUGGCCUUCUCGAAGGAGAUCAAGUCUGUUGCGGAUUCCUACGUAAUUGAGUAG